AUGGCGCACUGUUACUCCAUUGGGAGUUCAAAGCUAUUUUGUGCUUUGUUCAUCCAUGUAGCCAUUGUUUCAUGCAGUGAUCCUUUUGAUGGGCACAAUGACACCGUUCCCCGGGGGGAUGAAGGCCCUAAUGAAUUCUACGUAUUUGCUCUAGAGCGGUUCCUGGGAAAUCUUGCAAAGGGGGCACUUUCAGGCGCAGUGAACAGCUUGGCAAGUACUCUGCAGAUUCCCGGAGCGGGAGUUCUCGGCGCGGGAAUUCCCGGUGCGGGAGUCUUGAAUGGAAUGCCGGGCGGGGUCAUGCAAGACCAGGCGCAGCCCGCAGCUGACUCUGCCCCAGAGGCGCAGCCAGUGGACCUUGAUGCAAUCAGCAUUAACUCAUGUCUCUCCUCAGAUGCUGUCUGCGGCGACUUCAUCUCACGUCCGAAAGGUAGCGAUAUCCCAAAAAAACUUCUAAAACAAGAGCCUCUUUACACCGCCCCAGUCAUCAUCCUUCUGCCCCCUGAACCGACACCCACGGAGAAGCUGGAGUUCGCAAGGGCGGUUGCAUGCCUUGGGAAGAUGAACUCUCCCGAAAUGAGGCAAGCAAGAAGCGCGGAGCUGGCGGAGAUGGCGACUAUCAAGGGCCACACGAUCGCCGAAUUGCAGGCGGAAAUCGCCGAGGCGCAAGAGGAACUAACAAAAGCGAAAUCUGACAGGAGGCGAGUGCAGCAAGAGUUGCGGCAGGUAGCAUCAAAUGCAGUGGAGGGUGGCGCGUCUCAGGCUGAUGUCCUUUUCCUCAAACGAGACACGCAGCUGGCAGACGAGAAGAUUACUAUCUAUCUUGAUAAGUUGCAGCGACUCGAGAUAAAGUUGGCCAGGGCACAAGAGAAAGAAGAGAAGGGGGAAGGCCAAGCCCUUGCUGAGGAAGAGCGAGAAGAAGAACGUGAAGAAGAAGAGGGUGAUGAUUUUGAGGAUGAAGCGUCAGAAGAAUCCAAAGGAAAGUCGGGGAGAUCGGUAGGCUCGCAUAUUCCAAGACUGAGCACUGGGGCAAACGAAUUGCAUACCUUGAACUGA